CACACACUAGGAUACGGAGGAGCACCGAGGCACUGCGAGAGACUUCAGACUUGGAGAAUUCACGACGACGACGACGAGUACGGUAUCGACUAUAUACCAACCAACACGCUCAGUCAGUGCUGUGUGUUCCACUGUUCCGCUUUGUCAAAGUCAGCUGAUCACAGGAUCCGAUCGUUCGUCGCGACUCGAGCUGCAGAAAAGUAAACAUGUCGGGAAAGGAAAAGCUAGCCAUUUUCCCGUCUCGGGGAGCCCAAAUGUUGAUGAAGUCCAGAUUGGCUGGCGCACAAAAAGGACAUGGAUUGCUCAAGAAAAAGGCUGACGCCCUUCAGAUGCGUUUCAGGAUGAUCCUUGGUAAAAUUAUCGAGACCAAAACACUCAUGGGAGAAGUGAUGAAAGAAGCUGCCUUCUCUCUGGCGGAAGCUAAAUUUGCCACCGGUGAUUUCAACCAAGUUGUUCUUCAGAACGUAACAAAGGCACAAAUUAAGAUACGUUCAAAGAAAGACAAUGUUGCUGGUGUAAAUCUUCCAGUAUUUGAAUCCUAUCAAGAUGGUACUGAUACUUACGAACUAGCUGGUCUAGCCAGGGGUGGUCAGCAGUUGUCAAAGUUGAAAAAAAAUUAUCAGAAGGCUGUGACUUUACUGGUCGAGCUGGCUUCUCUUCAAACCAGUUUCGUCACCCUUGACGAAGUCAUUAAAAUCACUAAUCGCCGUGUAAAUGCUAUUGAACAUGUCAUCAUUCCAAGAAUUGAAAGAACUCUUCAGUACAUCAUUUCAGAAUUAGAUGAGCUUGAAAGAGAAGAAUUCUACCGUCUGAAGAAAAUUCAGGAUAAGAAAAAACAGGCCAAAGCUAAGGCUGAAGCUCGAAGGUUAGCGAUGAGAGCACUUGGAACUGAUGACAGAGAUGUAGCAAAUAUGUUGGAUGAAGGAGAUGAUGAUAUAUUGUUCUAAAUGCCACUGAAAUUAUUCUUAGGUGUCGAUAAUAUAUAUUCAUUUUGCUGCCACUUCCAAGUUGAAAAACUGCUAUUUGCAGCAUGUAUUAUUUAUAAACCAGACAUGGUGUUAAAAUUGUACAUUUAAAAUAUCACUUUUUUGUUAAUAUUUUUUUUUAUGAUCAUUAAACUCUUGGAAUAUUUUACAAAUUAUCAACUGUGCAGCAGCAAAAUUCAUUGUUUCUAAUGCAUUAAAUUAAACUUGUUACAAGUAUUAUAGUGUUAGAAUCAAAUUCUCAUUGAGUUUAAUAAAUAGAUGAAAUUCAACAUUGUAAUCAACUUAUUUUAAAAUUAUAUGUAAAGCUUUAUGGAAAUUCAUAAAUAAUUAUAACAAAAGUGUAAAUUUCAAAAUAUAAUAAAUUUAUUUUAUUCUAAAUAAGACUUUAUGAAAAAUGAACAUAUAAUUGACUUGUGAAAUUUGUCUUUUAUGGUAAGUAAGCACAAAAAAGUAAAAAUUGUUAAUUUACAAAUAAAAAAUAUUAAGUAUUA